AUGUACAAUGCAAAUAUUGGAAAGGAGUUGGAGAAGCUUGAUGUUGAACUAUUAAGCGUCCUAUGGCAAACAAUUUCGCGAAUGUUACAGAAAAUGAUCAGAAGUCAAAUAUCCUGGAGUGAUUUGCUCAUUUGGAUUCUCAUGAAGCUAUUUCAGCUUUAUAGCCUGGGAUUCUUGUUCCUGGAAGGUGCCAUCGUCGCCUAUUUCUAUCAGCCAAACAUGUCUUCAAAAGCCACAGCAGAGAACGAGAAGGAUAUUUUUUAUGUUGUCAUGAUAGCCAAUGUAGGCUCUCUUGCCAAACACUAUGAGCUUCAAAGGAAUCCUCGAUUGAUCACUUAA